GCUCCACCCCGCCCCUGUUCCGCCCAGGCCGAGCUCCGCCCCAGCGUCUGGCCCCAAGUGGUCUUUGCCACGUUCUUGAGCUCCCCCAACAACACGAUGGGGCAGGUCUUUCUCUUUAAUCCAAAAUGCUUUUUUAGCCGGUCCUCAAAGCUCUUGUUUUUUAAUGGCGAAAGAAUAUUGUUGUUCUUUAGAGAAUCUGUGUGGCACUAUUCUCAGAGUUGGCCGUUUUGAAUAGAGGUUGGUCUUUGUCAUCAGCAACAAGGAUUGCUGCUCACUCCUUCCUAUGCAUUUCCCGAUCGGUUGUUUGGGCUCUGAAGGACCCAGUAACCAAAUGUGUAACUGAAUGAAGGUGUCUUUUUUAUGAAUGCGUCAGUUCACCUUCUGCAACUCAGUAUUAGAUAAAUAAUCUGUCCAUCCAAAUUUUUGUACUGAAGAGGUUGUGCCUGUGCGGUUAGGCACACGCACACCAUCUAACUGAUAAUAUGCACCUGAGCUGUGUUCUUGCUGUGCAUAAUAUCCAUAAACUGCAAGUAAUUCUUUACUAACCUGCUUUUGUAUGUGGUUUCUUGUAUUUGGGGUGUUAUUCAGGUGUUCACUAUUAGGUAAACUUUUGUACAAUUAGGUCUUUGUCACUUCAUAUUUUUACUUACCGCAAGUGUGUGUAUGGUAGUUUGGUGUCAGUAUUUGUUUUCAUAAAAAAAAUCUUGAUGUCGCUCAUCGACGACGAGAAGAAGCCUUAUGACUGCUAGUUUGACCUCUAGAAGCUGUCCUACGUGGCCGCAUGCGCCGCUGUGUACGACAAGCUCCGGCGCAGCUGCCGUUUGGACGCGGUGCAGAGCGGCUGCACCACGCUAUCCAUCAUCAAGCAGGGGGACCACAUGGUCGUCGCCAACGUCAGCGACUCUAAGGUUGUUCUGGGCACCGCAUCCGACGACGACGCCAUCACGCCGUCCAAUUCAUCGUCCACCUGAAGCCCAACCUGCCAUAGGAGUAGCGCAUCUGGUGGUGCAACGACCAGGGGUACUACCUCGCUGAUGAGCCCGGGGUGCACUUCGUUUGGCAGCCCAGCCAAGAAUCAUCGGUACUCGCCAUGUCGCGCGCGUUCGACGACUAUUAUAUCGAUGACUGUGGCGUCAUCUUAGCGCCGGAGGUGACGCAGAGGAGGACCGACAACAAUGACCAGUUCGUCAUCCUCGUCACCGUCAAGGUAGCUUUUGUGUCGGUCUGCCUUUAAUUCUCUUCACAAACACACACUUGUAUUUUUGUUUAAGCAAGAGCAUAUGGUGGUACGUGUCUGAUG